GCUGGAAGUGGGCGGGUGACGUAACGAGGAAAAAACGGACGCGGUAUAUAUUUUUUUUUGCCCCACCAAAAAAAGAUCCGCGUGUGGAAACUAUGGAAUAACGGAGAAUUAGGACGGAUUUGUGUAGCAUCGGGCACACACUCGAUGUGCUCCUGUUGGCAGAAGGAUGCCAUCUUGAACUGUUGUGCAGAGAAGCGGGAUCCUUCUGGCACCUGUUCAUGGCCUCUACAAAGACCCGGCACAGCAUGGUGUUCCUGAAAGAUGGGGUCAGUUCCCCGGCAGUGGCAGCAGCCGACCCCCCGCCUGUGUGCUUCACAUCUCAGAGACCUGAGAAGCUGAACCGGAGCGAGACUGUUCAGAGCGUCCGUGUGUUUGGUGGUGAGACGGACUUUAAACACAACAUGUACGCAGUUAAGGAGGCCUUCGCGAGGACGGGUAUUAACCAUCCUGCCUGUUUGAACACUGAUAACAUCUCACCUGACAGCGUCUGUAAAGGCGUCAGAGUGACACUGGACAACAACAGCAUGUGGAACGAGUGCUUCAGGUGCAGAACGGAGAUGAUUCUGACCAAACAAGGCAGCAGGAUGUUCCCUUACUGUCGCUUUCGCAUCUCUGGCUUGCAGCCAUGCAAGAAAUACGCUCUGGUCAUGGACAUCCAGCCUUUAGACAACAGCCAGUACCGGUGGACUGGUGAGAGCUGGCAAGAGUCCAGAAAAGCAGAGUGUCAAAUAAAGACUAAUCCUUUCAUUCAUCCAGAGUCCCCUGCUAUGGGUCAACACUGGAUGCAGAGUCCGGUGUCCUUCUACAAGCUAAAGCUCACCAACAACACGUCGGACCAAGAGGGGAACGUCAUCCUUCAUCCACUACACCGCUACUUACCCAGACUGCACCUGGUGGAGACGGAUAAGGCAGUUAAAGACAUAAGACUGAACAGUCCCAAUGUUCUCACGUUCUCGUUCCCUCAGACUGAGUUCAUAACAGUCACUACAUACCAGAACCCUCAGUUUGCUCAACUGAAGGUUAACUUCAACCCGUUCGCUAAAGGACUGAAAGAGGACGGGUUGAAUUUGUUGUCUGUAAAACUCAAAACAAAUGCAGGCAAAGAGUUGAACAAAGAUGGAGAUGGUGCGGUCGCUGAGCAGCACCCUGUGAAGAAAAGCCUGAAGUUUCUGCUCGCCAACCAUAAACCUAAAUGUUCUAAAACGGGAGACUCGAAACCUUCAGCACCCAAAGAGCUUAACAAAAAAACUGUGACUAAAACUGAUAUUUCUGCUGCUAUUGUUCCAGGAAAAAGUCCAAGCAGCAGUUCACAAUCAGCUCAGAAGUUGAUUUCUGAGCUGAUCUGUGAGGCUCACGUUUCACUGCAGAGGUGCAGUGAGGAGCAGCGCGGCGCUGAUCACAGCCCGUCUGUCAAAGCAGCACAAAGUAACACUAAGACCACGACAAACUGUCAGGUUGGUCACAGAGACGAUACAGCUGCUCGUUCACCCACGAAGGAACACCAAACUGUUGAAACCUCAAGGAGAAUAAAAGACGACGACCAUCCUCCUGAUUCUGGAGCAUCUCCCUGCGUCGUCUGGAGGAACUGUUCAGGCGAUGCUGCUCCCUCCGCAGGGCAGCCGUUUAGCUCAGAAACCACGAAGCGCCAGAAACGUCCAGCUCGACUGCCUUUGCCGGCACUUGCUCUUUUUUUAAAGCAGCAUUCGACAAAACAUAAAAAGAGCAGCAGCGAUCAGAGCACCUCUCCACCCGAAGCCAACGUUGCGGCUGCAGCUUCUCAUCGUGAAGCAGCAAAAAGCUGCAGACCCGAUCCAGGUGAAGGGGUUUUAAAUGUUCCCGGACAGGCAGCUCAACGACCCUCGAGUCCACAGAACCUUGUGGCUGCAAAAGCUGAAAGUUUAAGCUCAGAGCUGGAAGUCCUUGGUGAUAAACCUGAGCUCUCCAACUCAGAAACUCCGUUUUGUUCUCUUACAGUAUCUUUCUCAACGUGUUCUACCUCAUCUGAACCUUCCCGUUUGUCCCCACCUCUCCAUACAGUAUCUGCCCCAAACACUCCAACAACACCAGUGGAGGAAUCUUCUACGUUGCCUUCAGAUGCCCUGAAAACUGAGUCCUUGCUCUUUGACCCAGAGUGUUCUUCCUUUGGCUUUGAGCCUUUGUCUCCUGCAAGUUCUCCAGAACCCUUACCUCCACUGCCAGCCUCUUUAUCGCUAGAAAUCAACUCCGCUUCUUCGGCAGCAGCUAAUGCUGAGUCCGUUCAAGACCCUGAGCACCAUGAGCCCUCAUCCGUCUUUAAGUGGCACACAGUAUUACCACCGCCCGAGACGUUUGUCGACUCUUCCUUCACAUUUCAGCCCUCACAGCAUUCCUCUCCUCUAAAGUCUGUUACGCCACCAUUGUUGCCUUGUCUUAACGUUUCAGCAUCCACCGACGAGUCUGCACCAUCAUUUCAAGAGACUGAACCAUCGCUGCCUUUCCACGCAGAGUUGUCCCCCCUCAACCUUCAGCUGUCUCUGUCCCCCACGUUCUCCUUAGAUGAGAAUGGACUGUCCCCGGCCCCUUCCCUCUCGGAUCUCGUGCACUUUUUUUCCACCACUGUCGAUAUUGGUAUCGGCGAGGAGUUUGCAAACACAGAGGCGACUCUUGCUCCCUGCUCGCCUCCGCCCGUAGUGGAAACACAGGAACCUUCCCUGCAGGUGCAGCCGGCGCAGGUGCAGCUGGCGCAGGUGCAGCCGGCGCAGGUGCAGCCGGCGCAGGUGCAGCCGGCGCCGGCUCCGGCUCGCAAACUGGUCAAAAGGAAGAAGUUCAAGUCCACAAAGCUGGCCAGGCUGGACAUGAACCAGAACAUGGACGACUACAGAAGUUUGCAGCCAAACCUGGAGGAGGUGGAGGAGCAGCUCUUUGUCACGUUUGCAUCUAAGGAGGCCCUCAGACUGCACGUUGUUGACACCUGUGAGGAGACGGACCCUCGACCUCAGACGCCACCUGACGGACAACGAACCUCUGAGGAACCAGUGAUAGAUGAGAGUCUGGAGCAAAGGAUUGCUGCCUUCCAGGAGAUUCUUCUGAAAGACCUGGAAGGGAUGAAGCACAGACAGGUGAUCCACCCGGUGCUGCAGGAAGUCGGUCUUAAGAUGACUCUGCUGGAUCCGGCUCUGUCCAUUGACCUGCAGUACCUGGGAGUCCGUCUUCCCAUUCCCCCUCCUGGAGCCAGCGUACAGCCGAUAACUCCAUCUUCAUCUGAAGGUUCUUCGGCCGAUUUUCUGUCCAGAACAGGAAAAACUACUGAUGUGACUCAAAUUAAAGGCUGGAGAGAAAAAUUCACUCCGCCAGAGACGACGCCCAGCUCUGUGCCCAAACCUGAAGCUGGCCCCAGUUCAGACUCACAGAAGAAGAACCUGUCGGCGUUCUGCAGCGACAUGCUGGACGAGUAUCUGGAGAAUGAGGCAAAGCUGAUCGAUGAGCGAGCUGCCAGCUUCUCCCAGUCACCGGUGGAACCGCCGGUCUUUAAGCUCCCUGUGAGCAGCACCAGCUACGUUCGGACUCUGGACCACAUCCUGAAGAAACAGACGGCUGGCUCGUCUUCUUCGGACCUCAUAUCUGGAUUUGUCCCCCCAUCGAAGAGACCCCAGAUCAAAAACACAAAAACAUUCCGGAGGUCGGUGAAGAAACUUACCGGCCCGAAGCCGAACAAACCCAGGCCAGCUUCUGCAACACCCGAGUCCAGUCCAAGUGCACCAGCACAGCCUGCAGUACCGACUCCCGGACCCCUCACUGAGACCACACAGCCUCAGAACCCGCCCAUUUUUAAAAGGAAAAGUAAACUCAAAUUCAGAACCUCAUCCCACACCCUCAGUCCUUCCAGGCUUGUGGCCCCGCCGCCAGAUGUGUUUGAGGGCCUGGCUCCUGUGGAGUCAGACUCUGAGCUGGCACCGACCACCAGUCCAAAGAAAAACUGCCCCAAGAGGGAGAGCACACCCAGAACGACCCGGGCCCUGCUCAAACAGAAGGACCUGGAAGACAGUGUGGCGUUUGAGGGCUGUUUCCAGACCAGCAUCACGGAGGAGAGAGCCACCAUCGCGUUGACGUCCCUCUUCACCCAGACUGGUUUUGUGAGUGAGAACCCGACCGCCCCGAUCCAGCUGAAGAGGAGGCAAACGCUCCCCUGUCUGAACGAGUUCUGCAGGCUCGGCUGCAUCUGCUCCAGUCUGUCCCACACCUCCAGAACCAGCCACUGCGGCUGGCCCGCCUGCAUGUUUGGCUGCAGCUGCCUCAAGCAGAAGGUGGUCCUCCUCAAGAACCUGGACAGCUGCGACUCCAGCCCGAGCCCACACCACGGAGGAGCUAAGAAGAAGAAGAAGAAGAAGGGGAGGAGGAUGAAGAUGGCUUAUGUCCUGAAGGAGGCAGACAACGUUACCAAGCCUGCCGAGCGGGUUCGGACUCUGUGGAGGAAGAACGAUGGCGCCUCGGACCCCGAGCCGCUCUACGUACCAAAAAUGUCCGCAGUUUCCUUCCCUGUUGUACCGGUGAAGAGAAAUAUUCGCAGCAGCUGUGCCAGAGUUCGAUGCUUCAGAGGAAAAAGGCAGAAACGGAAGGACCUAAGAGACACGAGACCCGUCAGACGCAGAGAUGCUGCGCUUCAGCAUCUCAAACAACAGGAACCGACUCCGAAAGAGGCGAAAGCCACAACGUCCGAGCCUCCCGCAGCCGAAGAGCCUCCUGCAAGUCCUCCGGCUGAGUCUGCGUCGAAGCCGUUGAAACGUCUCUUCAUCAAGGCCAACUGCAAGUGGUUGAGCAACACCGACCGCACCUUCGUGUUGAAGAAGCUGUGCGAGGCGAUGGCUCGGCAGCAGCUGACCAAACCGUUCUGGAUCAAGCAGUACCACAUCAUUCCCAUCAGUGAAACCAUGCAUGGAACUGGGGCCAACCAGUGUAUCCAGUACAGAGUCCAAGUAACCAUGCCCAAAGUAGGGCAAGAAAAGCUUCAGAUACCAGUAAAUCUGGCAAAACGGAGACGUCAGAAGAUCCUCAAGCCGGCAGCUGAACAGAAACAGAACCACCAAUUAAAAGGGGCUCCCAGUGAGGUGGAGCCCCCUAAAGACCAGCUACAGGAGAAGGCAGAACCUCUGGAGGUACAGCAGGAGGAGCAGAACACUGUGUUGGAGGAGGCAAUGCCAGUGCCUCUAGAGGACUGGCAGAAGGAGGUGGUUACGAUGGAUCCAGUGGAGGACUGGCAGAAGGAGAUAGAGGGAAGUGAAACUGAGGAGGAGAAAGAGCAUCACUCAGGUCCCAAUACUGAAGAUGGGCAGGAGAAAAAAACAGACCAGGAGGAGAUUAAACCAGACAAGAAAGAGAACGUUGCUAUGACUCUGCCUCACCUGAAAGGAGUAUCUCCUUCUCUCCUCUCAGCCAAAAGAAAACAGCCCAAAGGAACAGGCCACCUGGCUCAGGUGAGCAGGAAGCUCCUUGCUCCAUCGAAUCAUCAGGUGGGUAAUUUGACCGAACAAGUGGGGUCCCCGAUGCACCAGCAGACUUCUUUAUCAUCCUCCAUCUCGCCCUGUAAGCCUCAGAGUUCAGAUCCGACCCCUAUCGUCGUCUCCUCAGCCUCAGCUGCUGCCUCAGCUGCUGCCUCCACCACCUCACUUAAUCCACUGGUCACACCGGUCACCUAUAUCAGCCCACCCACAGACCCCAAGUCCCAAAACCUGGUGCUUUGCUCUUCAUCAUCUCCCAAAGACUCUCGGGUGAUGGUGAUUCCGGCUCCGGUUCCGGUUCCCAUUAAGCCUCUGUCACCACUGACCCAGGUGUUAACGGUCCAGCCCUCCAUGGGCCAGCAAAUGGUCCUGCAUCCAAUCCAGUCAACAUCGGGGGCACAGUAUUAUCGCAGGCCAGAUGGGAAGUUGGUACAGCUGAUUCCCAUCAGACACCUGAAACCUAUCGCAGCGAAGGCGCCCACUCAGACAGGUCUUGUAGGUCUUUCCUCCUCUUCCAUGGUCAUCCCUGCUUUGUCCUCUCUGACACCAGCUGUGGUAAAUCCAGCUCUGACCACGCUGAUCAUGCCCUCCUCCUCUUCUUCGGUAUCCUUAUCUUCGGCCCCCUCUUCCUCUUCAUCAGUGCCCUUAUCUUUGUCAUCGUCCUCCUCCUCUGUGAUGCCCCUUGCUGGCCCCAUCCACCCUCAGCCUGUUUUUGUGGCUAACCAGAGUCCCUGCGCCAUUGAACUCUGCAGCCCCAGCAAAGAGCCCAUCUUCGUUACCCAGGUGGUGAGGGCCCCACACUGUGUCCUACAGCCUCAGGACCCCAACCCCACUCCAGCCUCCGUGAACCUCAUCUCCACAGAACCUUCCAUUGGUCAAAGGACUGAGCAGGUGGUCAAAGCGGUGGCUGUAACUGCCAACCCUGAAGACUUGGUUGCCCUGCAAAAAACGGCACCCCCAAAAGUCUACCCCAUUACCCUGCCCCCUGCAGAGACUCUUCCUAACACUGAGCUCCCAUCUCCAGCACGGUCUCCCCCAGCCAAGAUACCAGAACACGAGCUGGCCCGCGACCGGAUGGAUCUGGAGAUCGUCAGCGUGGAUGACAAUGUGGAGUUUUUUAUGGCGGAGAAGCAAUCUGCAGAUGUGGUGGACCUGUUGUCCACCAGCGACACGGAGGACUCGUCAGACUUCAGUGAGUCAGACAGAGAAGAGGACAAGCUGCUACAUAAAAACACCAACCGCCUCGCUCACAUUAUGGCCGAGAGGAAGCGCCGAGUGGAGCUGCAGCAUAAGUUCGAAAACCUGCAGAAGGAGGUGGGACAGACUCGGAUGUCCAAGCGGUCCACUCUGACGCAGGCAUUCGAGCUGAUCCAGGAGCUGAGGAUCACCGAGGACGCUCUGAAGAGGACGAAGAGGAGGCUGAAGAGGAGGAGGGAUGAAUACACGUCCAUACUUGCUUCUUCAGCAGCAACAAAAGAUAAGAGCAGUGAUGGUGGUGACGAUGUUGUGGUGGAGGUGGAUUCAGACAACGUUAUACAAGUCUCAUCUGACGAGGAGAAACUGGCCGGCACAAACUCAAACUUGAAGGCUCAAACCAAAGGUGCCGACGCAGCCGGUGAGUUAUCAACUGAAGGCCAGCUGAGGUCACGUGAGGAGAAGAAGGCCAUGACGAAGCUGAAGACGUGUCCUAGAGCUGCUGAGGUCAGUGUGGAGAGAAUGAGGAGCAAGAUGGAGAGGAUGAGGAGCAAGAUGGAGAGGAUGAGGUGCAAGAUGGAGAGGAUGAAGAGAUCAAAGGAAGAGAAAGAAACUUUAACCGCUGUCACGAACAUCCCAACGUCUCCGAGGAGGCUGCUGCCAGAUCAGGCUGCCCAGGAGAUCAAGGCUCCACCGAGGGAGAUGGAGAUGCUGAAAAGCUUCAAGUCGAAACUGAACCAUAAACAAGACACGGAGGAGCUCCUUAACACUUCAGAUGAGGAGGUGAUGAUGGUGGAGGAGAGGCUGCCAGCAGGGCGUGGACCUCCUGCUGCUUCACCUGCAAGAGAUACCAAGGCUGAUACAGCAACAUGUGACCCACAAGCUCCUCCCCCUACUGUUGUGAAGCUGUCCAACUCUGCCCUAGCUCAUCCUGGCAUUUCCCACAAUGCACCUGGAACUACGACGCUGACGAAGACGGUUCCAAAUAUCCUCUCUCGCUGUAAAAGUGCAGCUCGACUGUCGCCUCCGAGCGUGCUCGCUUCACAGACAGCCGUCUCCAGCAGCCUGCCUCUCCUCGCUCAGACAGAAAGUACUCAGCAUCAUCAUCGGACCCAGCUGGGUCCAGGCGCUCCUCGUGCGCUGUUCUACAGGAACCAGGACCCCCCUCUGACCCACAGACCUGCAUCCUCAUUCAGUCCAUUUCCGACGAUGGACUCCGAUCUACAGCCGGGUGGAGGGCCUCCAGGUCCGGAUCCCCAGCAGAACCCGGAGAGCGAGAGCCUGUCGUCUCUCCUCAACGAGAUCGUGUUUCUCAACCAGACGACUGUUGUCAUGGCAGCCGCAGAGCAAAAACCAGAAAAACUUUCCAUUCAGGAUCCUGGUGGGGCGGCUGCUCAGACACACACCCGCAGGACCCGGCUGAGGCAGCUGGACUCUGUGGAUCCUGGACCGAUUGACCUCACAGAGACCGGUAACAAGGCUGAGCAGCCAGGAACAGAUUCUGUUAACACUAACUGUGGCAUUUUAGCCCCGCCCCCUCUGCUGCACAUGAAGAUGGGCGGGACCAAAGUGGGCAGCCUCACCAGGAUCGACAGCACGGCAAUGGAGGGGGUAGGAAGCAUGGGGGUCAGCAAGGGGGUCGGCAAGGGGGUCGGCAAGGGGGUCGGCUGGAGGCCGAUGCCCAGGCUGGUCCCUCUGGGGGUCCAAGGAAACUCCCCGAGCUGA